GAGAAGCGGCUGCAACGCCGAGCGGAGGAGGCAGGAGCCCGAGCGCGAGAAGCAGCUGGGUGGGCACCAUGGCCGGGAUCACCACCAUCGAGGCGGUGAAGCGCAAGAUCCAGGUUCUGCAGCAGCAGGCGGAUGAUGCAGAGGAGAGGGCGGAGCGCCUUCAGCGGGAGGUGGAGGGGGAAAGGCGGGCCCGAGAGCAGGCUGAGGCUGAGGUGGCUUCCUUGAACCGCAGGAUCCAGUUGGUGGAAGAGGAGCUGGAUCGUGCUCAGGAGCGCCUGGCCACUGCCCUGCAAAAGUUGGAAGAAGCAGAAAAAGCUGCUGAUGAGAGUGAGAGAGGUAUGAAGGUUAUUGAAAACCGGGCCUUAAAAGAUGAAGAAAAGAUGGAACUCCAGGAAAUCCAACUCAAAGAAGCUAAGCACAUUGCAGAAGAGGCAGACAGGAAGUAUGAAGAGGUGGCUCGUAAAUUGGUGAUUAUUGAAGGAGACUUGGAACGCACAGAGGAACGAGCUGAGCUGGCAGAGUCCCGUUGCCGAGAGAUGGAUGAGCAGAUCAGACUGAUGGACCAGAACCUGAAGUGUCUGAGUGCUGCUGAGGAAAAGUACUCUCAAAAAGAGGACAAAUAUGAGGAAGAAAUAAAGAUUCUCACCGAUAAACUCAAGGAGGCGGAGACCCGUGCUGAAUUUGCUGAGAGAUCGGUAGCCAAGCUGGAAAAGACAAUUGAUGAUUUGGAAGAUAAACUGAAAUGCACCAAAGAGGAGCACCUCUGUACACAAAGGAUGCUGGACCAGACUCUGCUUGACCUGAACGAGAUGUAGAGCACCCCAGUCCCGCCCUGCCGCUGCUCCUCCCUCUGACCCCGACUCCACCUGAGGCCAGCCUGCCCGGAGCUGACCUCUAAACUGAGGGCUGAUCUUUUAACUGGAAGGCUGCUUUCUCCUUUUGCCACCCACCUCCUCUGUCCUUAGACCCCGCCCCCGUGUCCUUUCACCAAACUGUCUCUGCCUCUUCCCAGAGAUUCCAGUGGGACCAGAGGCUGAGCACUUUUGGGAACAUUUAAGGGAAUGUGAGCACAAUGCAAAGUGUCUUUCAAAGCAUGAUGUGAUGUACACAUUUUGUAAUUACCUUUUUUGUUGUUGUAGUGACCAUUUUGUAAAACAUUCCAAGUAAUUCCACACUCGGAAGGAGCAAUCUAAUACUUUUCUUAGUUUUUGAAGGUAACUUUUCAGCUUAAUGCAUAGUGCCCUGUCCGCAGAGCAAGAAAAGAGGUGUUGGGGCUGCCUUACUGGGCGCCAGACAGAGCCCAGGAAAGCCUCCUCUGUGGGGAACCUCACUGCUCUGUACAAAGCAUCAGCCAAACCAGAAAGGUGAUUCUGGGAGGAGUUGGCCAAAAACAAAAACCCCUCACGCUGUUCAGGUUUACAGCUUUAAGGUAUCUUUGGACACUGUUUUUGUUUUGUUUUGUUUUUUUCAUUCAUCAGAAGUGACCAAAUUAAAAUGGUAAGACCUCUGAGACCAAUUUUUUGCCCCACCUCUGCCCCUUCCCAACAGCUUGCAGAAUGGAUCAUGUGCCUCUUAGGUUGAGGUGAUCACUUCACUGCUUUUCCUGCCUCCUUGAGAGAAAGAAAAUUAUGUUUUUGCCACUGAUUUAGCCAUAUAAAACUCAUCUCACCACCCUUUGCUGGGUCUGAAGCUGCUGUUUCUAAAAGUGCCAUCUCAUUGUGCUUCGUAUCAGUCAGUGCUGGAGAAAUCUUGAAUAGCUUCUGUACAAAACUUUUAAAAUUUUAUAUUAUUUUGAAACUUUGCUUCUCUGGCCUUGGGGACCCUGGCCAGCCCUUCUGGCUGUGAGAACAUUCCACAGUCUGAGCUGGCAGUGUGCUAGUCUUUCCAAGUUCCUUCCCCCACCCCGUCCCCACUUUUGGUGAGGUUUCUGUGAGGUCUGUUAGGUGUACAUCCUGCAGCUUAUUGGCUUAAAAUGUACUCUCCUUUGGUGUGGUCUCUUUGGGGCCUGUUGGGAGAAAGAAAAACCAAUAGUGUAACUGUUUUGAUACUGAUUAUUGACAAUAAGUGUCUUUUUGAAAUAAAGAACCAGUCCCUCCAAAAAAAAAAAAAA